UUCAAGUAAUUUGAAUACAGGAAAGUGGUGGACCAAUUUGAGUUUUCAUCUGAGAUGCGGCAAACUUAGAAGAGUCUGUGCAGUAGCUGGCAGUCCACAAUUCAUAUUCUGAGAGACGUUUAAUUUCCAUAAAAUAAUUUAAUGCUAAUUUGAAUUUCAGUGGGCAAUAGAAGCUAUGGAAUAGUGAAAUAGAGGUCUGAUGAGGAAACUUGAGGGAGUUCGCCUUGCAAACAGACAAUCUUGGUACAAGUAGAUUGUCUAAGGGAGUAACAAGAGGUGCUGAGGUUAUGUAAAGAUCAAAAAGGAUAAAAAUAAAGACCACCAUGAGGGAUAACUGGAUAUUAGUUUAUGCUUAAUGAAUGCUUAUUGAAUACGCAGAACAGUCAGGCUUCCACUGGGCAGGCAGGGAUUAGAGGGUGGUGUUGGGUGGUUCGGUGUCCUUGGCUGGGCAAACAUUUGUAGGAAGUAAACAUCUUUCAGUGGCAAAGCUGCUUGUCAGCUGUGAGUCCUUUCAGGGACCCGGAUGUGGCUCCCCACCCUCGUUCUCAGCAACUGGCAAAGGUGAAGGCAAGGCUAAUAUUCCUUUCAAAAUAAAAUAUUUAAAAGUACACACAACUUGAGAUGAAGCUAUACUUAUCAUUCCUCAUAGUGGUGACAAAUCCAAUAGUGAAACAAUUAGAGGUCAAGAGGUUAAAUUCCUGUGAUAAAUCACCUUUGAUAACUUGGAAAAAAAGUGUAUCUAUAUUCAUAUAUAUAGGGGUGAGGAAAGAUGCCUCCCUAACCAACAUUUUCCAAAGAGAGAACUCAAAGGGAGAUGCACAGCAAUGGGGUCAUUUAAGAAUUUGGUUUUCAUCUUAGUCCUUCACCUUCUGGAAGGGGCCCUGAGUGAUUCACUCAUUCAGCUGAAUAAUAAUGGCUAUGAAGGCAUUGUCAUUGCAGUUGACCCUAAUGUGCCAGAAGAUGAAACACUCAUUCAAAAAAUAAAGGAUAUGGUGACCGAUGCAUCUCCAUAUCUGUUUGAAGCUACAGAAAAAAGAUUCUAUUUCAAAAAUGUUGCCAUUUUGAUUCCUGAAAAUUGGAACACAAAACCUGAAUAUGUGAAACCCAAACUUGAGACCUACAAAAAUGCUGAUGUCCUGGUUGCUGAAUCUAAUCCAGCAGGUAACGAUGGACCCUAUACUGAGCAGAUGGGAGGCUGUGGAGAAAAGGGUGAUAGAAUUUAUCUCACUCCUGAGUUCCUAGCAGGAAAAACGUCUGAAUAUGGACCACAAGGAAGGGCAUUUGUCCAUGAAUGGGCUCAUCUACGAUGGGGAGUAUUUAAUGAGUAUGAUAAUGACCAGAAAUUCUACUUAUCCAGUAAUAAAAAAAAACCAGUAAUAUGUUCGGGAGCUAUUACUGGUAAAAAUGUAGUACAGAAGUGUCAAGGAGGAAGCUGUGUCACCCAAUCAUGCAAAUCUGACAGAAAAACAGGACUGUACGAAGUAGGAUGUGAAUUCAUACCUGAUGAAUUUCAGACUGAGAAGGCUUCCAUCAUGUAUUCACAAAGUAUUGAUUCUGUGGUUGAAUUCUGUACAGAAAAAAACCACAAUAAAGAUGCCCCAAACGAGCAAAACAAAAAAUGCAAUCUCCGAAGCACAUGGGAAGUGAUCCAAGAUUCAGAGGACUAUAAGAAAACCACUCCUAUGACAACAAAGCCACCCAACCCCACCUUCUCAUUGUUGCAGAUCGGACAAAGAAUUGUGUGUUUAGUCCUUGAUAAGUCUGGAAGCAUGACGAUUGGUGACCGCCUUAAACGAUUGAAUCAAGCAGGCAAACUUUUCCUUCUGCAGACGGUUGAGCAAGGGUCCUGGGUUGGGAUGGUGACGUUUGACAGUGCUGCCUACAUAAAAAGUGAACUUGUACAGAUAAACAGUGCCACUGAAAGAGACACACUUACCAGAAGCUUACCCACAGCAGCUUCAGGAGGAACGUCCAUCUGCUCUGGCCUUCGAUCAGCAUUUACUGUGAUUAGGAAGAAAUACCCAACAGAUGGAUCUGAAAUUGUGUUACUGACUGAUGGGGAGGACAAUACUAUAAGCUCAUGCUUUGAUGAGGUGAAACAAAGCGGAGCCAUCAUCCACACAGUCGCCCUGGGGCCGUCUGCAGCGCAGGAACUAGAGGAGCUCUCUGAAAUGACAGGAGGUUUACAGACAUAUGCUUCAGAUCAGGUUCAGAACAAUGGCCUCAUGGAUGCUUUCGGGGCCCUUUCGUCCGGAAACGGAGCUGUCUCCCAGCGCUCCAUCCAGCUUGAGAGUAGGGGAUUAACCCUCCAGAGCAAUCAGUGGAUGAAUGGCACAGUGAUUGUGGACAGCACUGUGGGGAAAGACACCUUGUUUCUCAUCACCUGGACAACUGACACUCCCCAAAUCCUUCUCUGGGAUCCCACUGGAAAGAAACAAGAUAGCUUUUUAGUGGACACACACACCAAAAUGGCCUACCUCCAAAUCCCAGGCACUGCCAAGGUUGGCAUUUGGAAAUACAGCCUACAAGCAAGCUCACAAACCCUGACUUUGACUGUCACCUCCCGUGCAUCAAGUGGUACCCUGCCUCCAAUUACAGUGACCUCCAAAAUGAACAAAAACACAGGCAAAUUCCCUAGCCCUAUGGUAGUUUAUGCAAAGAUUCACCAGGGAGCCUUGCCAAUUCUCAGGGCCAAGGUCACAGUCCUGAUAGAAUCAGUGGAUGGAAAAACAGUUACUUUGGAAUUAUUGGACAACGGAGCAGGUGCUGAUGCUACUAAGGAUGACGGUGUCUAUUCAAGGUAUUUUACAGCUUACGAUACAAAUGGUAGAUACAGUGUAAAAGUGUGGGCUCUGGGAGGCGUCAAUACAGCCACUCAGAAGGUGAUGCCCCAGAAGAGUGGAGCCAUGUACAUACCUGGCUGGAUUGAGAAUGGUCAAGUAAAAUGGAAUCCACCAAGACCUGAAAUUAAUAAGGAUGCUCUUCAAGGCACGCAAGUGUGUUUCAGCAGAACGUCCUCGGGAGGUUCAUUUGUGGCCUCCGAUGUUCCAAAGGCUCCCAUACCUGAUCUCUUUCCACCUUGUAAAAUCACUGACCUGAAGGCAAAAAUCCAAGGGGACAAUCUCAUUAAUCUGACUUGGACGGCUCCUGGGGAUGAUUAUGAUCUCGGAACAGCUCACAAGUACAUCAUUAGAAUAAGCACAAAUAUUCUUGAUCUCAGAGACAAGUUCAACGAUUCACUUCAGGUGAAUACUACUGAUCUCAUCCCACAGGAGGCCAACUCAGAGGAAGUCUUUGUGUUUAAACCAGAAAACAUUGCUUUUACAAAUGGCACAGAUCUCUUCAUUGCUAUACAGGCUGUUGAUAAGGUCAACCUGAAAUCAGAAAUCUCCAACAUUGCACAAGUAUCUUUGUUUAUUCCCCCAGAGACACCUAGUCUUUCUCCUCCUUGUCCAGAUAUUAAUGUCAACAGCACCAUUCCUGGCAUUCACAUCUUAAAAAUUAUGUGGAAGUGGCUAGGAGAAUUACAGCUGUCAGUAGCCUUGGGCUGAGUUUUCCCUGAGAUAAACAAAUCAUUCAUCCUUCUUUUGAUUAUAAAAAUUUAUAAAAUGUAUUUUAGACUUCCUGUAUGAGGCAAUUUAAUGAAAUAAAAUGUUAAACAACCAGAUACAUAUGUAUAAAAACUAUCUAUUCAAAUCCAAAAGUUUAAUUAUUGCUUAUUUAUUAAUGAUUUUGAGUAGUAGAAAGAAGGGGUACUUUCAUCAAUAAAUGGAAGUAUGUUUUAAUUUGAUUUAAGGAGCUUUGCCAGUUAUAAAAGAACAUGUGAUUGCAUGUGAAAGAUAUUAGAAAUGCCCAACCAAGUAAAACUAUUUACAUAUA